AUGCCGAAGAUACCGCCGCGUCCCGGCAACCGCCGUAAUGACCGUUCCGUUUCGCCCAUGCGUGAUAGCUAUGCACCUUCGCCAUUGAAUGAAUGGACCGGUCCUAGCAUGAGUCGUACCGUUUCGAAUGAUCAGCCCCCACGUCCUCCCAGCGUCACGAUCCCGUCUGUCGGCGAGGAGGGUAUUGAAUAUGAUAAUCUGGUCCCCGAAAACAUGUCGGACAGCCAUCACCAGACACCCGCGGAGACUCGCAAUGUUAGCAGUGAUCUUAAGAUCCAUGCGCCGCGACCUUCGUUGCCGACUUCAAGUGCUGAAGCAAAGGUUCAGGCUGUUACCCGCACUGACUCCCGCCAGGCUGCUGCGGCAGGACUAGGCCGUGGAGUCUCGCCUGCUCGUGAGGAACAAGAACGUUCAAGUCGUUCACUGCAUUCCGGAGCGAGUGGCAUACGCGCCGGAUCCUCAACUGCAUCCAAUGAUCGCCGACUCUCUGCCCAUAUGGGAGAGGAACAGGGCUUCCGCGUGCCCAUGUACCCGAAUGCUGGUGACGUCCAGGCACCCUCCCCCAGUCCGUACCUCGAGGGCUCACAGCGAUCGAGCCGUAACCACAACCGCACUCGCAGCACCCGGGACUCUUCCCUGCCCCCUGGUAGCUAUGGAUUACAUGGACAUGGAGUUCAGCAUCCCGAUAAGUUUGAGAAAGCUUGGUAUGAAAAGCAUCCCGAUGAAUUCGUGAAGGAAGAAGGACAAUAUGGCCCUGGCGUUGGCACCCCGCGUCCUGAUUGGGCAAUGAGUAGCGAUGAUUUGAACAAGAUUGUUCGCAGUUCGGCCCAGACUGGCUCCGGUCUUGGUACUUCCCCAACUAUUGUGGGCACACCCGAAGAAGAGGUCGGGUACAUAGCGUCCGACGAGUACAUACAUUCCAUUGCUUCUCCUCCUCCUGACACUCGACUUGAAAGCCAGCCGACCGUUGAGUCGCCACUUCGACAAAUGACUUUCCCUUCAGAAGCUAUGCAGAAGCAAGCUACCGCAAGCCCGCUGCGUAACCGUAGAUCUAGCUCGCAUGGACAUCGUGAAGGUGGCGUGAUCCAUGUGGAUGAUCCGAUGCAUCCUUUGCACCACCCGGACGGAUUUGCCCCUACCCCGGCACCGGAAGAGCAUGAGUCGGCCCUUGAGAACGAAGAGGAAGAGCCAAUUCUGGCUGCUGAUGAAGUGCGCCCUGAGUCUGCUUAUUUGCAUCCCGCCGUCUCGCCAACAUUUGAACAUCGGGGAAGCUUCGAGGACGAUGGCCGCAGUCGUACCCCGAGUAUCCACAGUCGUUCUAACAGUCGUUCAGCAAGCGCGCAAGGCCAACUCCCGGUCCUGACCCGCUAUGACUCGCGUGAGGAUGCGCAUACCCCCCUUGAAGACGUCGACGAAUAUGAGCCGUUGUUCCCUGAAGACGAUACUAAGAAUGAGAAACCCGUGUCAGCUGCGGAUCGUUUCAAGAAGAGACCGGACGUUCUCAAGCAUAGAUUCCCUAGCCAGGAUAUCUGGGAGGAUGCCCCGAAUAGCCUGCAGCUUCAUGCUACCGUCACCACCCCAGAUCUGCCUAAGCGAGACUCUUCCGAAAUCUUUGAGACACCCGAGCAAGAGGCUGCACGCAGGAUGCAGAACACCAAGGUCGAUUCACAUCAGGUGGCUACCCACAUCCUGGAAGGCGAGAGCAUCAAGGACAAGACACCCGCGCGACCAGACACAUUGAAACAGCGUUUCCCCAGUAGAGAUAUUUGGGAAGAUGCUCCUGAUAGUCAUCAGCUGGUGACCACAAUUGAGCCCGCAAAAGAAGAAUUGAAAAGCCCAGAGGUACCUUCCAAGCCUGGUAUUCCCCCACGCCCGCAGAGACAAUCUCAGUCUGCCUCGCCUACCGAAAAGCGCCAACCACCAUCAAUCCCAGACAGACCGAAGCCCCAGGUCCCUGCCCGUCCUGCUAAGGCCGGUUCCCAGGCCCCAGCAAGCACCACUGAAACCCCGAGAGAGGCUCCUGCAGUAAAGGCCAAGCCCGCAAUUCCUGUUCGUCCCGGUGGAAGCAAGAUCGCAGCCAUGAAGGCGGGCUUCCUUACCGAUUUGAAUUCACGUCUGCAGCUUGGUCCCCAGCAGCCCAAGCCCCAAGAAAAGGAGCCCGAGCAGCCUGUUGAGAAGCAGCCUUUGAGCGAUGCUCGCAAGGGAAGAGCCCGCGGGCCAGCACGCCGAAAGCCUGCAGUUGAGAAGUCCACUUCCAGACUCCCACCUAUUCCGGAGAUUAAGAUCACAGAAGCUUUGAAUGUCUGGCAAGUCGGCCAGGAUGGAAAUUUGGUUCUUGGGGCCGGUGAGAAUGAGAAGCCUACCGUUGCAGUGGAAGAACCAUCGGUGCCUGCUGAGAAGCCAAUGGCCCCUCCACUGGCCAAGAACACUGCCGGCGAACCUGUAGACCCGACGCCUGAAUCUCCAGUUGCGACCACAGCAGUGGAUGUCCAGCCUACAAAGACCCCAGCAGAAACCCAGGAACCCGCUGAGUCGUCUCCGAUAGCAAUCGAAUCUGCAGAUAACCAGGAGGAGAAUAAGAAGGGUGAUACGAACGUGACAAAGUCUUCUGAACCUGCCUCUGAACCUGCAGCUGUUGCUGCAGCGAUGGCUGAAACUGUUUCCGCUCCAGCUAAGCUGGAUGAUGCCCUGGAAGAUAUGGCUGCGUCAGCUGAUGGCAAGAGCAAGUCUGAUGGUAAUAUUCACCCUGAGCAGUAG